GAUAGGUAGCAGACAAAUAUUUCAUUUGUCACUUGUUAGAAUGUUUUUAUUACAAAAGCAUUUGUUAUGAUUACAGAACUUGGAGCAUUGGUUGACUUGCAUGGUGAAACCUCUGAAGAAAAUGAAAACCCACUAUCCCAAGAUGAAGUGCUCAUCAUAAAGGGUGCCCUCACUAUGAGAGACAAGUGUGCUAAAGAUGCAUUCACUCCGCUAAAGAGUAUUUACAUGCUACCUACAACUGAUGUCCUAGACAGGCGAAAGAUAGAUGAGAUUGUAGAUAAAGGACAUUCCAGAAUUCCAGUUUAUGAAAAUGAAAAGGAUAUAAUUGGAAUUUUACUGACAAAAAAUCUCCUAAAAGUCGACCUCGAAAAGCAGUCAACAGUGAAAGAAGUAUUCCUUAAAUUGGGACGGCCUAUUGAUACAAUCCCAGCUACUAUGCCUCUUUAUGAUGUCUUGAAUGCUAUGCAGGAUGGCCGAAGCCAUAUGAAUCUGGUAUCCAAUGAAAUGUCUCCACAAUUAUCCACUGACAGUAAUCACCAAAUUAGUUCGAAAAAUCACAGUGAUCUUGAAGUGGUAAGUUAGAGAUUAUAACUUGCUUGCUAUACAUAGAGCUCUGGUUUGAAGCAAUUUAAUCUGGACUGCGAUAAAAAUAUUUAAAAUCAAUUAAGAGUAUUAAUAAUUUUAUGAAUAUUUUA